AACUUUGUCUACGAUGCCUGGUUGUGGACUUUCUCCGUCCUCGUUGAUCUCUUCUUCCGCGAGGUCCACCCUCGCAGUUCUUGGAAGGUUCCUCGUAAUGGACCCGUCAUCAUCGUCGCCGCUCCUCACGCCAAUCAAUUUGUCGACCCCUUGAUCCUGAUGCGUGUCCUGCGCAGAGAUGCUUUCCGCCGCGUCUGUUUCCUGAUCGCCGAGAAGUCUAUGAAGAGAAAGUUUAUCGGAUGGGGCGCAAGAAUGGUUGGCUCAGUGCCUGUUGGCCGUGCCUUGGAUUUGAAGAAGCCUGCCAAAGGCAAAAUAUAUCUGCCAGAUCCCGAGGGCGAUCCGCUUUUGAUCAAGGGUGUUGACACGGAUUUUGAGAACAAGGAGAUUUACAUGGUUGGAGGAGUGCUUGCCCUGCCGAGCUUCAAAAACAAGUUUGCCAACACUGAAAUCAAGGAGAUUCUGGGACCCAACGAGAUUCGCCUGAAGAAGCCCUUCAGCGGAAAUGUCGCCUUGCGUCAACUCACCGGGCAAGAAGUCAAGGACGAAAAGGCCGAUGCCAAAUUGACUGAAGGCUUCGAGGGCACAAAGUUCGAGAUUGCUCCUCAUGUUGAUCAGGGUGAAGUUUACUCUUCUGUCUUCCAGAAGCUGCAUGACGGUGGUUGUAUUGGUAUCUUCCCUGAAGGAGGAAGUCACGACAGGACUGAAUUGCUACCCCUCAAAGCUGGUGUUGCUAUCAUGGCUCUUGGUGCGCUAGCAGAGGAUCCCAACUGUGGCGUCAAGAUUGUUCCUUGUGGUAUGAACUACUUCCACGCUCACAAGUUCCGUUCGCGAGCUGUCGUUGAGUUUGGUACCCCCGUCGAAAUUCCAAAUGAACUGGUUGAGAUGUACAAGAAUGGUCAGAAGCGUGAAGCUGUUGGCCAAGUCUUGGAAACCGUCUAUCAAGCUCUCGUUUCUGUCACUGUCACAAGUCCUGACUACGACACUCUUAUGCUCAUUCAAGCAGUAAGACGAUUGUACAAUCCAAAGGGCAAGAAGCUUCCUUUGCCUAUGGUUGUUGAAUUGAAUAGACGUCUCGUCAAAGGCUACACUACUUACAAGGAUGAUCCUCGAAUUGUCAAUCUGAAGAAGGCUAUCCUGGCGUACAACAAGGAGUUGAUGAUGCUCAACAUCCGCGAUCAUCAAGUCAGCUACGCCAAGUUUUCUAUCUUCAAGGUCAUCGUCACACUUCUCUACCGCAUAGGCAAGCUGCUCGUGCUGGCUGUUGCAGUGCUUCCAGGUCUAGUCCUCUUCGGUCCUGUCUUCAUCACCGGCAAAGUUUACUCGAUCAAAAAGUCCCGUGAAGCCCUGGCAGCAUCAACUGUCAAGAUUCAAGGUCGCGACGUCAUGGCAACUUGGAAGCUGCUUGUCUCUAUGGUCGUCGCACCUCUUCUCUACAACUUCUACAAUAUCAUCUUGGCUAUCUGGACUCACUAUAACCGUAUUGGCGGCCGUGUGCCAGAAUGGGUUCCUCUGUGGGCCGUCUUUGCCUUUGGCUAUAUCCUGUUCCCUGCCAUAACAUUUGCUGCUCUCCGCUUCGGUGAGGUUGGUAUGGACAUUGUCAAGUCAUUACGCCCUCUCAUUCUCUCGUUGGGACCAUCGUCAGGCAAUACCUUGGUCAAGCUAAGAGCUCAGCGUGCCUCGCUGGUCGAACAAGUGACACAAGUUAUCAACGAACUUGGUCCUGAACUCUAUCCCGACUUCGACCACCAGCGCAUCAUCUCAGAUCCUAGCCACCCACUCUCACCUCAAUACUCACAGCCUCAAACGCCCCGCUCUCGUCGCAGCUCUGAAUACGACCGCAUGUCCAUGACUUCUCCGGACCUUGCGGGCUACUUCAGCACCACAGGCACCGCAGGCGCCAGCAUCGGAGGUGGCAGCGGACAAAACUCUACACACCUGCCUCGCAACGAAUCCUUUGGCAACAUCGGUGGCUUCGGCUUCUUCUCAUCACGACCUCACACUCCCAAUCGCUCGCGCAGCCGCAACCGUAGUCGUACGGACAGUGAUGGCGGUAUGGGCUUUACGGCAAUGAAGCCCAUGACUACCAUCGACUCCAAAGGCGGAUACGAACAAGUCACUGAGAAGAUCAGAGAUGCGAUGAAGCAGCGCGGGCGCAGAAGAAGGAGUGAAGCC